AUGGGUGAAUCAUGGUCCGAAGACCAACAUCGACAGCGCCUUCGCUCGGUUCUCUCAGACCCAAAGAAACUCUCCUCUGUAACAGCUGUUUGCCUGAGUAUAUCAUGGCCGGAUCCAAAUCCCGAAGCUAUAUCAUUUAUCCCUCAUUUACGCGAUUUACCUCGCCUUCAAUCCUUGACCUACCUGGAAUUUGGCCGUCAGCAGUCAAAGCAAUUCCUGCAAGAACUUAACCGUUCCUGCUUUGUAUCCCUCAUCAGUCUCUACAUACAGAUGCCCACGCUAUAUGGCCCUCUGCGAUUAGAGGGAUUAGAAGUGCUCUACCUGGACGUUCGUGAACACAGCAUUGGACAGUGGUCAUUCCCCUCACUCCGUCAUUUAACUAUUAAGAAAGGCUGCAAAGGAUUCGCUCGUUCUCUCCCAAGCCUUGAGCGCUUGCUCGGAGAGGAUACCUCCCCUUUAGCUGGUCCACAUUCUCAUCUUCAAUCUCUCAUUCUUCUUGAAAAAGAU